AUGGCAACUUCAAGUUCUACAUGGCAAUUGUUAUAUGGACUUGAAGAUCCGUCAGUUCUAUAUCUUCAGAAAAAACACAUAUCAAAUAAACUACUGACGGAUGACACAACACAUAUUUUCAAAGUUCGCCGUACUGAAAGUAAGAUAUGGGAUGUGGAUAUUCAUGCCGAUGUGAGACAUUGGCUUAACAUGUUUGGUUUCCGAGGCGUGAUGGAAUGUGUGAAGUCGAUGAAGGUCGACAACGAGCUUAUCACAGCUUUGGUUGAGCGUUGGAGGCCGGAGACGCACACUUUCCAUCUACCGGUUGGAGAGGCGACAGUCACCUUAGAAGAUGUGCAAGCGCUGUGA